AUUGGGUUUUUUUUUUUUUUUUUUUAAACUGCCGCACUCGAAACAGACUCUUUCUUUCACUGCCCUCUCGACGUCCCUCACCGAAUUCCCGACUUUAAUGUCUGGGCGUCUCUUAUCCUCUGCUGUGGUCAGGUUCCGGACGCUGAAUCUGGCAAAAGAUCUUCUAGUAUUUUCUAUUCGGAAGCAACGCGAGGAGAUCUCUUAGUGAAGCCAUCUUCUGCACAUCUAGAUCCACCGAUCUGUUUUGCCCUAGUUUGGGGCUGCGGUGUUUGGCCUCCUAAGCCGAUGGCCCCAAACCGUCGGAAGGGAUCUGCCAGAGCGGCAGCCGCCGCCGCCGCCGUUCAGCAGCAGUGGAAUAUCGGAGAUCUUGUUCUUGCGAAGAUGAAGGGAUUUCCGGCGUGGCCGGCUAUGAUAAGUGAACCUGAGAAGUGGGGGUUCUCAUCCGAUCGUAAGAAGCUCCUCGUUUACUUCUACGGGACCAAGCAAAUAUUUGAGAGUCUUGUAGUUGACUCCAUUGAUAAUCAUACUAUUGGAAGUUCUUGUGCCUUCUGCAACCAUGCUGACAUUGAAGCUUUCACAGAAGAGAAGAAGAAAUCCUUACUAAUUAAGCGUCAGGGAAAAGGGGCUGAUUUUGUUCGUGCUGUUGAGGAGAUAAUUGAUGUCUAUGAAUCUUUGAAGAAGCAAAAUCUUGCUAGGGCUAUUUCUAAUGAUGGAGAGGAUGAAGACAAUGUAUCAGACCAAGUGCAUUUGGAAGAUUCCAGAAUAGAUUGUUUUGGAAAACCUGUGGAGCCUAGCUUGAGUCCAUCUCCCAACCACGAGUUAGAAAGUGCAUCUGUAACUCAAUGUGGUGAUAAGGUAAAUGUGGAUGAUAAUCCUGGAACCUUACUAAAUUGUGGAAAUCAUUACAAAACUGCAGUAGUUGAUGAUUCAGCUAAAAAAAAAUCUAUCCUUGAUGAACUCAGACAAAUUCCACUGUCUAGUAUGCCUACAACUAGAAAGAGGGCAAGGGACUCACUCAUACCAAGCUCUGUUACCAAAAGUGCCCCUUCACGUAGAAGGUCUAGAAGUUCUUUAGCGAAUAACCCUUGUGAAUCCCAGAAAUCAUCUACGAAGCUUGAUGCUAAACUUAAGGUUGGAUGCUCAGCUUCCAGUAUGCUGCAGGAAGAACCUACACCAAAAGAACAAGUAGUGGUUAGAGAACAUCUUGAAACUUGCAGUGCUGAGGCUUCACCUGACUCCACUAGAGCGCCACUUGAUGAUAAUUUGGCAGUUAAUACUGAUGGCACAAAUUUAGGUGAUGUAAAUGUACUAGAAUUUAGUGGAAAGCUUGAAUGUUCUGAUAAUGAUACAGUUUCAAACACAGUUGCAGAGGGAGAUGCUAGGCUAAGUAGUAAAGUUGAGAUCCCUUUGAACACUCUGGAGUUUAAGGCAAGGAGAAAAUAUUACAGAAAACAAGUUUCCAGUGCUAGAGCAUGUGAUGAAAUGGACAAAAAAAUGGACGACUUGCAGGCUGAGGGUGGAAGCCUUUCUCACUCUACAAAUUCUCAAAAUGGUGCAACUGAAAAAUUUAGUAAUGCAAAUGGAGAUGAACACCUUCCUCUGGUGAAAAGGGCAAGGGUCCGAAUGGGAAAACCAUCUAUGGAGGAGGAAAAUUUGAAAGAAUGUGUGGGAUCCAAAGUGAAAUUAGGCAAUCUUGAUACUUCAAAUGGACAUUAUGGGAGCAACUCAUUCUCCAGUCCUGUAAAAAAUUGCCCUCUACAAAAUGGCUCUUCUAAAAGGAGCUCACCUGUUGCAAUGGAAUUUGCAAGGUUUUCAACGAAUGGCUCUUCUCAUAAUAACACUGGAAGUGAUCUACUGUCAUGCAAGCGGAACAAACAUCAUCUGAUGUUGGAUGUUGAGGCAGCUCUGCCUCCAUCAAAGCGCUUGCAUCGUGCUUUGGAGGCUAUGUCUGCCAAUGCAGCUGAAGCUGCAAUUGAUUGUCCACAAGCCCCAAUUAAAACAGAAAUAAAAUCUAGUGACUGCUUGAGUUCUUCAACAGAGAAUGCUCAUAGUGGUGAUGCGAGUGUUAGGUUCCCCGUGAAAACACUGCCUAUGCAGACUUCUUGUGCAGCUGCAUUUGACAGCAGUAUAUGCGGUUUAUCCUCAAGUUCAACAUCACAGAACCUGGUAGCCUGCCGUUUAACUUCAUCAGAAGCAAAACAUGAUGAUAUUAAUCCUGGAAAGGUGUUGAACCCCCUUGAGACUAGUUCUUUGGAAAUUGGGACGGGAAGUUGUUAUCAUAGUCCCUUUUCUUCAAAGAUUACUAGUACCGUACAGUCUUCUUCUUUGGAGUUGGUUGAAAAGCACUGCAGUGAACAUGGACCCAAUAAUUCAUUUUCAUCUGCAGUGGAAGAGAAUGAUAGGUCUCAGCUGGAUAAAGAGUGUACUUACUCUGAAGUUGCAAGGGUUUCACCUCAGGCAAAUAACACUUGCAAUUCACAACAACUAACUUGUUUAUCACCAUCAAGUGGAGCUGCUACAGCUGUAUCAAUCACAACUACUAUGUGCACAGCAAGUGAAAUUGAUGGUACUGCUGCAGGUUCAGACAUUGUAAAUGUUGACUCAGCAAGUGAUAUGAAUGGAAUCCCUUCAGUUUCGUCUGCCACAAACGUCUCAUCAGCGACAACUAUUUGCUCCUUGCCCAGUGAUUUGGAUGGAGCUGCUGCAGCUUCGGUAACCACUAAUUUUAGUUCUUCGGUAAAUUGCACUUCUAUGGCCACACUUUCAAGUUCCCAAUUUGAACAAACUUCCCGAGGUAGAGACAUGCAGAAUAUUACACUAGACGCAAAACAAACUCCGAAGGAUAGGAGUAUUUUGUCUAAAUUGGCUCCGAUUAAGGAUUUGAUAGCUGCCGCACAAGCUAAGCGAUUUUUAUCUCGGUCUACUUCCAUGUGUGAUAGUGUUAUAGAUGGUAAGAUUGCUCCUGAUGCUGUUGUAAGCCCAACCUUAAUAAACAAGGAAGAUUCUUCUGGGCGUGGUUCACCUUCAAAUCCCAUGUUCUACCAAAGACCUGCUUCAGACGAUGGGACUUGCCACCUUCAGAAUGGCAGUAGAACUCCACUCGAUGGUUCUUCUAGGAAAGGGUUUAGCAAAUACAUGAAUCAUUCUGAAGCAAAUGCAGCACGCAGAUGCUUUGAAUCUCUGCUAUGCACGUUAUCAAGAACAAAAGACAGCAUUGGUCGAGCAACUCGUCUUGCAAUUGACUGUGCAAAAUAUGGGAUUGCUGGAGAGGUGAUCGACAUCCUUCUUCAGUAUUUGGAAAAGGAAUCAAGCUUGCAUCGAAGGGUAGAUCUUUUCUUCCUUGUUGAUUCGAUCACUCAAUGUUCUAGAUGUCAAAAGGGUGGACCUGGAGAUGUCUAUCCCUCCCUUGUGCAAGCUGUACUGCCACGUUUGUUAUCUGCUGCUGCACCUCCGGGAAAUGCUGCAUCAGAGAACCGCAGACAAUGUCUCAAGGUCUUGAGGCUAUGGCUUGAGAGGAGGACUCUUCCUGAGUUCACAGUUCGGCACCACAUUAGGGAACUUGAAUAUGGAAAUGAAGCUUCAUUAAGUAUUUCAUAUUCUAGACGGCCUCCCAGAACAGAAAGGCCUCUUAAUGAUCCAGUAAGGGAAAUGGAGGGAAUGCUUGUUGAUGAGUAUGGAAGUAAUGCCAGUUUUCAACUUCCUCAAUUUCUUAAUACACGGAUUCUAGAAGAUGAUGAGGGGAGUGCUUCUGAUGACAAAGGUUUUGAGGCUGUUACACCGGAUAGGAAUGCUGAAGUUGACUGUGAAAAGGGAACGACACCAUUGUCUGCGGAAAAGCACUGCCAUGUAUUAGAAGAAGUUGAUGGAGAGCUCGAAAUGGAGGACGUUGCACCACCUUGUGGACUUGAAGCAAGCCAAUCUACAUGUCAUGUUAAAGGAGCUGAAUUGGUGAGCAAUUGCAAUCACAAAUGUGAGCAAAACAAUUUAUUUUCUUUUGCUCCUCCACUUCCAGAGGAUCGGCCACCAUCACCUCCUCCACUGCCAUCUUCUCCUCCCCCAGUGCCUCAACUUUGUUCUGGGAAAGCUCCUCACCCUUUAGCUGCUUCAACUGCCGUUGAUAAUACUGAUUUUGGUUCCAGUUAUAAUACUCAAAAUCAACUUCUGAGACCAAUCAGUCAACAACCAAACAGUAUGCAUUGUAGCUCAUCCUUGUCAGAGUCGUCCACCUUCUAUUCCCAGGGAUAUGUAGGCCAUCUACAACAGAUUCCACAGCUUGCUUGCACUUCUUCAAGCUCAUAUAUCAACCUUGGUGGUUCUCAGCCAGCCGUGCCUGUUGGAAAUAAUUCUCAGUCCAUUGUUAACAUACCACCCGGAAAUAAGAUUUAUCAUUUGCAGCCACCCCCGCCAGUGGUCUCUAAUCAGUUUUCUUACAUACAAGCUCAACCUCAGCAUAGACCACAAGCUCCGGGGAAUCAAUCUUCCUACUCAGAUAGGUAUCAUGCGCAUGAUAAUCAAAGAGGUUUCAUCCCGAUUGAUGUUUCUGAUAGAAGCGCAUUUUAUCCAUCUGUUCAUGCAGGUUCCAUUGGAUUGACACCAGACAAGGUGGAAGCACCACAUGCUCCUUCUGCCUUGUAUGGCCCUCAGCUGGAUCCAUCAUCUGCUCCAUGUCAAGAUUGGUCUUAUCUUCCCAGAACAUCUGGUUAUUCUCUAUCUGCUUCAAGACAAUCAUUAGAAAACCCAGUUUCAGCACCAGCCUAUUGGAGAGCAAGAUGACUACCUUGCAUUAUCAUGAUUUUGAUAUUGCCCGGGGCAUUUUUCCUGUGGGAAAGUCUUCUUCAUCUUCUGCACAAGAGGCAAACUCUGCACCGGAUGAAGGAAGAGAGAUGCAUCCAGCAUCACUGUACAUAUGUAUUCUACCCUUAUUAUGCAAGUGCAAAUUAAUAUCAGUUUUCCUUGAAGCUCUGUAUCAUUUCUUCCGACUUUCUGGUUGGAUAAAUAUGGAAUUUAGAUUCAGAUUUA